AUGAUUUACUUAAUAAUAGUUUCAGCAUUUUCCGGAGCAAUCAUUACGCUGCUAUUACAGUUACUGCUGCUCUACCGGAGAAGCCCGGAGCCAAUAGCUAGGACAGUGCAAUAUGUCAAAGCAGUGCCUGAUCCCGCAUUGAAGGAUUACUUUAAUAACCAACAUUCUGAAUUAGGCCAGCCGCAGCAAGACAAUACAGCAUCUAUUAUAUCCAAACAACAAGAGGCCGCUUCUCCAAGGCAACAGGAAACGAAUGUUCUCAGCUGUAGCCCCAAACAACAGGCACAGUCGCCGCCGCCUUCUCAAAGCGAGACCCCCCAAACAUCCAAAGCGGAGACGUGCGAUUUUCUGAACGCUAUAUUUUUAUUUCUGUUCCGGGAGCUUCGUGACACACCGGUCGUCAGACACUGGAUCACCAAAAAGAUCAAGGUGGAGUUUGAGGAGCUGCUACAAACCAAGACAGCUGGGAGGUUGUUGGAGGGACUAAGUCUUCGGGAUAUAUCACUGGGCAAUUCUUUGCCGGUGUUCAAGACGGCAAAACUUAUGAAGCCAGUGGCCCUUGAUGAGGACGAAAUGCCAGAGGAGCUCAAUUUCGAGGUGGAUCUCGAGUACAACGGCGGGUUCCACCUAGCAAUCGAUGUAGAUUUAGUAUUUGGGAAAUCUGCCUACUUAUUUGUCAAGAUGACCCGUGUGGUUGGGCGUCUGAGGCUUCAGUUCACUCACAUGCCUUUUACGCACUGGUCUUUCUCGUUUCUCGAGGAUCCACUAAUAGACUUCGAGGUUAAGUCACAAUUUGAAGGCCGUCCCCUUCCACAGCUCACCUCUAUUAUCGUGAACCAGUUGAAGAGAGUCAUCAAGAAGAAACAUACGUUGCCAAAUUACAAAAUAAGGUACAAGCCCUUCUUCCCAUUUCAAGUGCAGCCCCCCUUGGGCUCCUCCUGUGACCCUGACCUGUCCAUUCAGGACACGCGACUGGUGGAGGGCAGACUGAGGGUCACCUUAGUUGAAUGUAGCAGGCUUUUCAUUCUGGGAUCCUAUGAUAGGAAGGCAUAUGUGCACUGUACCUUCGAGCUGAGCGCUGACGAGUGGAGAGAGAAGACUCGUAGCUCCAUUAAAAAGACAGAGCUGAUCAAAGGUCCCACAGGGAGUGUGGGAAUGACCUUCAGGCAUGUUCCGGCCAGUGAGGGGGAUGCUGUUCAUGUGAGCAUUGAGACUGUCACCCCAAAUUCCCCUGCUGCCCAGGCCGACCUUCAGAAGGGUGACCGACUUAUUGCUAUUGGAGGUGUCAAAGUGACAUCCUCUGUCCAAGUGCCGAAACUCCUGAAACAAGCUGGUGACAGGGUUCUGGUCCUUUAUGAAAGGCCUGUCCGUCACCAGGUCCCUGCAGUAGGCCUGGCAACUCCUCAGGAGACCCAGGGACCCCUGGAAGAACCAAGUUUCCCACCACAGCCUGCGGGUUAUGAGGAAGAUCCAGCCACCAUCACCACUAUGGAAAUGACUGAAAACAAAGACAAUGAUUCUGAGUUUGAGGAGUUGAUAGUAGAGUCCAGGCCAACCGGUGUCCCAGUCAGUGCUGACCCCAAGGAAGACUUAUUGCUCUCUGUAAACCAAAGCCCUAAAAAGACUGUGGCCAACUUAGCCUCCAAGCCCCUCGGCACCAUAUCGCCUAUCCUGAACCGCAAACUUAAUUUGUCCGGUCUUCAGUCCCCCCUCAAACCCCAGCCCAAAGAAUCACCAAAGCCCUCGCCACACAAGAGUGCCGAACAACCUGAAGCCCCUCAGCGACCGACUGUGCCCCCACCUCCACCACCUGUUCGUCCCCCAGUUCCACCCAGACCCCACAUAAAGGUGACAUCGGCCACUUCUGAAACCCAAAACUUGCUGGAAGGCAAUGACCCUACAGCGGAGAAAACCCCAGAAAAAUCCUUGCCCAACAUGAGCAAUGGAGACAAAACUGCAGCUGAGAGGACUCUGGUCAAACCACCUGAGCCAAAGCCUGCAAGCAAGCCACCAGAAUCCAGUGAGGAGAUCCCAACAUCACCAGUUGGAAGUAAACAAGAACCAGCCAAAGACAAGAUAUCUGAGAGCUCCUCCAUCACAAAGGAGUGUGUUGAUGGACAAGGCCUUUGGGAAUCCUCUGAAGCCAUGUUUCACAACAGACAGGCUCGGUGGAACAAGUCCUCAGUUGUCUUUGAGGUGGAAAGCAAUCACAAAUAUCUUAAUGUAGCGCUUUGGAGCAAGGACCCAUUCAAGCUGGGUUCCCUCCUCUGCUUAGGGCAUGUUAGCUUACGUCUGGAGCAUAUAGCCCUGGAGUGUUUGUCCACGUCAUCAGCUGAGUAUCAAAACACCUUCCGUCUGUGUGCACCUGAGCCGCGGGCCAGUGUCAGUCGCACUGCACUGCGAAGCUUAAGCACCCAUAAAGGUUUCAAUGAGAAGCUUUGUUAUGGUGAUAUUACCCUUAACUUCACAUACUUGGGAGAAGGAGAAUCAGAUCUCUCCAGUGGAAUGAGUGAGCGAGAACAUGAGGGAAGCCUUCAGGAUGAGGAACUAAAGGAGAGAGACAGGGAGAGGGAGCAGUUACAGACACAAGCCCGUGACGACGUGGGAUUCAGCCUCACGUCAGCUGGGGAAUUGCGACACAAUUUCCAGGAUACACAGUUCCAGAAUCCUACAUGGUGUGAGUACUGCAAAAAGAAAGUAUGGACUAAGGCUGCUUCACAAUGCAUGAUCUGUGCUUAUGUCUGUCACAAGAAGUGUCAGGAGAAGUGCCUUGCUGAAUAUCCCCAGUGUGUUGGGAGUGCAGAUCGGCGGAGUGCAGACCCUGAGGCAAAGUCCACCAUCAAUCGGGCAACCACAGGAAUCACACGCCACAUCAUCAACACCAGCUCUCGCCUGCUUAACUUACGCCAAGUACCCAAGACCAGGCUUGCAGAACAAAUGGCAGAAGUGGGACCAGGGCCAGUGGAACCUUCCCCAAAGCACACCCCCAACACCUCAGACAAUGAGAGCAGUGACACAGAGACUUAUGCUGGUGCCAGUCCUUCAAAACAACCUUCUGGUGGGAGUGGUGCCACAACAAAGCUAGUGCGUAAGGAAGGUGGAUUAGAUGACAGUGUGUUCAUUGCAGUGAAGGAGAUUGGUCGGGAUCUGUAUCGGGGGCUUCCCACAGAUGAGCGCUCACAGAAGCUAGAGCUAAUGCUGGACAAGCUACAGCAGGAGAUCGACCAGGAGUUGGAGCACAACAAUGCCCUAAUAGUGGAAGAGCGAGAGGCAGCUGAUGCACGCAAGAAGGCCUUGAUAACAGCAGCCCUGGCCAAGUCAGGUGAACGCCUUCAGGCAUUGACUCUACUUAUGAUCCAUUAUCGAGCUGGUAUCGAAGACCUGGAAUCUAUAGAGAGCACCUCACCAUCAGAGCAACAUGGUUUCCCAAAAUCAAAAUCUGGGGCCUUGGAGGAUGCUCUUAUAGGCACAGAAGUGUAUGACAGUGAUAUAAGUAGCCCAGUGGAUGUUCAACUACUUGAUGACAUCACAGAGGAGCAGAUCUGUGUAGAGGCUUUACCUUGAAACUGUUGGCCUAUGCAAUGGGGCUUUGGACUCAGUAGAGCAUUUUAAACUGGAUCUUCAGUUUGUUGGCAAAUGUGUAUCAUAGCUAAGACUAUCUGGUAGUAAAGAUGAAUGAUGUCCAAUCACGAUCAUAAAUCAGUUCUAGUGAUAGAGUAACAUGCAAGGAGGUAAAUUGGAUGUUUAACCAGUUUUCUGGACCACCAUUUUGCCAUUCUGUUUUCUCUGCUGAGGACAUGGGACUAUGUGUGAGAUGAAACUUGAAGUUCUUUGUUCACAUAUAAGUGGAGUAUGGAGAACUACAAGACUCAGACCAGGCGCAGGUUCUUGUAGUAUGUUGCUACUUGUCACCUGGGGUAUUUGU